AUGAAUAAAUGCAACGUAUGCCAGAAACCUUCCAAUAGCCAAUGUGCAAGAUGCCAUUGGGUAUAUUACUGCUCUAAAGAAUGUCAAAAAGAAGACUGGAAAAAGCAUAAAAAGUCGUGCGGUAACUCACCGGUGGUCAAAACCAACGAAACUAUCGAUAGAACCGAAGUUGCUAUGCCAAAUUUGCCAACCGAUUCAUCUCCUAGCGUGAAUUGGGAUGUACCUGAUUUUGGACGAGAAUAUGCUAUGAAAUAUCCACAUGAAAAGAAGCAAAUUCAGCUUCUUGAAUCUGCUAAAUCAUCGUUAAAACGUCAUCAAAUGGUCGAAAACUUCAUAGACAGUGAUUUUGCUAACAAACCUGAUCCCGGAUACUUGAUGAAAAGAUGGGGUGAAUUGUCAAGACCACUUUUGAAUUUUCUUGCAUCUCCAAGGCAAAUUGGUGACAUUUUCACUAGAAAAACAAAAAGUUCAUAUGUUGGAGACAAAGGCAUGGGUGCUUUAAGCUUUAGUAACACGCCAAAGCAAGGCUUAGUACUUGACCAAGGAAAAGUUCAUGUUGCUGUUGGGUUUGUAGACUUGGAUUUACUUUUACGAGCUAAAAUUGUGCAAACCGAAAAUUCUGUAAAACAACCAAACAAAUUCAUUGGUUACGACGGAUCUGUUUACGCUAUAGCGAAAACCAAUGUGAUUAAAGAAAUGAUGAUGGGAAAGGCACCAAUUCGGUCGAUCAUAGAAGUUUGGUUUUCUACCACAUGGACAAUGGAGACUUUAAAACACUUUGAGAAUGCUGUCAAGAACGUCUUGAAAUUUGGAAAUGCGCCAAAUGACAGUCCGCCUAACCCCACAAAAAAAGAGCUUCAUCCAAAAGUUCGAUCGUUAAUUUCUCAUUGGAGUGAGUCUGUCAAAUCACCAAAAUCUCGGCAAGAAGCACACAGACUCUGGGCAAAAACUUUUGAUUCAGAAGAUAAUGUGUUUUGUGUUGUUGCUGCACGCUAUAUUCUUACUGGCGAGUUUCCGCUCAUGGACGAUCAACAACCAAAAAAUCUAAUUGCAAGCAUUACAAUGUUCAAUUGCAAUAACGGAAUUUCACCACAUUCAACAAGCGAAUUUAUGCUCGAAAUGUUACCAAUGGAUUCCAUUCUACCUAAGUACCAACGUGAAGACACCACCUUCCUGAAUGCAAUCUACAAUUUCCUUGAAGAAUCAAUCACAGAAGUUUGCGCUUGGUUAUCACCACCUGCGGGAAAAAGUGAAAAGAUAGAAAUUUAUCUACAUUUUCAAUCCGUUACCAAUGAUAAUUCUACGCUACUAGCCUCGAUUCGUCAAUUAGAUCCAUGGACGAUGUCCUGGAGCAAUAUUUGCGAUUACUUUCACGCACACGAUUUUCACAAGUUGCUUCGAGCAUGUUCGGGAAACGAUACGGUUCACGCAAUGACUUCGGUGAAUUGGAUCACAGAAGUCUUUGGCGCACAUAUUAACGAAUAUGAUAGUAGGUCUCGUCGCGAGACGUUGAUCAUUUCACAGGAAAUGAUAACGAAGACUGGAGAGUUUAUGGAUCCAUCUGGGUAUUUCCGAUAUACCAAGGUUAUCACUCAUCCGUAUAAUCUCUGUAAUAUAGGUGCGGCAAUAAAUGUGAUGGAUAAUUGGCAAGGUCAUUUUUUCAGAGGGCAGGAUUUGAGUAUUGGCGAAGUUUCAUUCGUACCAUACGCCCAGACAUAUAAGACGCAUACGUUCUUGAAUAUUUCUUUUACGUAUAAUAAGGGGAUUAAGGUUAAGACUGCAUUAUUCUAA